CCCCGCGUUCCCCAAAAGCCGCCGCGGCCGCGGGGAGCAGCGCCGGGAUUUGGGAGCGGCGGGGCCGGGAAGAAGUUCUGACUAAGAAGCAAACCAAGAAUUUGGAAUAUAAGCGGGAAAUGAGACACCUGAGAUCAUGGGGCGAAAUUACUGGAUGAAAGAGGAACCAAUAAUGCCAGCACUGAACUGGAAGCCCUUUAUCUACGGAGGUUUAGCAUCAAUCACUGCAGAAUGUGGUACUUUCCCCAUUGAUCUGACCAAAACGCGUCUCCAGGUUCAAGGUCAAGUUAAUGAUGCCAAAUACAAAGAGAUCCGCUACCGUGGGAUGAUGCAUGCACUGGUCAGAAUAUGCAGAGAAGAAGGGUUGAAAGCCUUAUACUCUGGGAUUGCACCUGCAAUGCUACGACAAGCUUCAUAUGGAACUAUAAAAAUAGGCACUUACCAGAGCUUAAAAAGAAUGUUUGUUGAGCAUCCAGAAGAUGAAACCCUCAUGAUGAAUGUUCUGUGUGGCGUUCUUUCGGGAGUAAUCUCGUCAUCUAUUGCCAACCCCACAGAUGUCUUAAAGAUCAGAAUGCAAGCUCAAGGUAGAACAAUUCAAGGAGGAAUGAUGGGCAACUUCAUACAAAUCUACCAAAAUGAAGGCACUAAAGGAUUAUGGAAGGGAGUAUCAUUGACAGCACAGAGAGCUGCUAUUGUUGUUGGAGUAGAGCUGCCAGUAUAUGACCUUACCAAGAAGCACAUAAUUCUGUCUGGACAUAUGGGAGAUACAGUAUAUACUCACUUCCUUUCCAGUUUUCUUUGUGGGUUAGCUGGAGCCCUUGCAUCCAAUCCUGUUGAUGUUGUAAGAACACGUAUGAUGAAUCAAAAAAGCCAAAACCAUGGGGGACACUCAGCCUACAAGGGCACUUUGGAUUGCUUGUUACAGACAUGGAAGAAUGAAGGCUUUUUUGCUCUGUAUAAAGGUUUUUGGCCAAACUGGUUAAGACUUGGUCCUUGGAAUAUCAUUUUCUUUCUGACAUAUGAACAGCUGAAGAAAUUAGAUGCCUGACAUGCUGAACUGAGUACAGAAUUCUGUUAAUGUACUGUCUGAGUUUAGAGCAACGUGCAAGUUGUCUUGAGUGUCUGCUCUUUAUUGUCUGAGCUGCUGGUCAAAGGAAGAGGUCACUGCAAGACUGAAUGAGAAGAACCUGGAAGUGAUUUCAAGGCGAACUGGCUCCUGUAACCAUGGUUUGUGCACGUGAGUCAGAGGAUGAUGUGCACUG